UUGGCUGCUCUGUACCCGUCAUUUACGUCAAGUGUCACUGACAAAAAAUUAUUAAAAUGUCCCGUGUUUGUUUUUAUUAGUUUCAAAUUGUUCACUGUGUUUCAUAUUCGAUGCAGUUCCUGGGAAAAAAUCACCCCAACAAUUCUAUCGAUUUUUCUAUGACUCAUUUCGUUCAGUAAUCCCUCCGAAACAAGGUAGAGAGAAUGGAGGCUGUGCCCAGGUUGCCUAUGAUAAGUUUCGAGCUGAAAACAAGCCCGGAAAAUGCUCAAUUCGGGCCCCAACUCAAACAGUACAUUGCGACUUUCUACAACGAGGACCCCGCGUCGUACAAUAGCGAAAUAAGCAAUUUGGAGGCGCUACGAGCGGCUGCGAUACGCCCCACGAUUGAUGUAGCCGGCUGUCAGCUCCUGAAAAAAUACUACUGCCAGCUGCAUUUCCUGAAAUCGAGGUUCCCCAUGUACGAGGGACAAGCAGCAGCUGUGUAUUUCUCAUGGAAGGAUAAUUACACCGGCAUGCCAUGUAACAUCCCCGACAUUCGAUUUGAAUUGAUGUGCAUUUUGUACAAUAUCGGGGCCUUGCAUACCCAAUUGGGGGCUCUGGAUUCGCGGACUUCAGCCGACGGCCUUAAAAUGGCUUGCACGCAUUUCCAAUGCGCAGCUUGGGCCUUCCAGACUGUGAAAGAAACCUACCACCAAAUGGUACCAUACAUGUCGUCAGUGGAAGCUGUCCAUUUCAUGCAACAAGUUUGCUUCGCCCAAGCACAAGAAUGCAUCCUCGAGAAGAGCAUGAUGGAUAAUCGCAAAGCCACAAUUACUGCUAAAGUCGCAGUCCAAGUGGUGGAUCACUACAAAAGGGCCUUGUCUUUGCUGUCUUUCAGCGAGGAUAGUUUUGCGGGUAUAGUGGGCGCUAAAACGACGAAAGAAUGGAACAAAUAUCUCUCAUUCAAAAUAUCCUACCACAAAUGUAUCGCUCUAUUAUUCCAAGGCCAGCAAGCCGAAGAGCAGCAGAAAAUGGGUGAAAGAGUGGCGUUUUAUCAAGCGGCUUGUGAACAAUUGGAGGAAGCGCGAAAAUUAUCCACUGGUUUAAAACAACAAAAAGAUUUGAAUGAAGCUAUAGCGUUCACCUCGGACGUGGUCGAGGGUAAACGCAAAGCAGCGAAAAACGAAAACGAGUUUAUUUACCACGAGGAAGUCCCCGACAAGCAUGCCCUUCAAGAGGUCAAAGGUGCCUCCCUGGUCAAAGGCAUUGCGUUCAACGUGAACGAUAUUGAAGUCUCCGGACCGGACAUUUUCGCCAGACUCGUCCCCAUGGAGGCCCACGAGGCCUCCUCACUAUACAGCGAGAAGAAAGCACAGAAAUUGAGACAGUUGGGGGAAUUGGUCGAGGCCAAGGACCAGGCGUUAGCCGAGUUCAUGUCCUCGUUGCAAUUGGACGUUUUUACUCAAAUGAGACAAGCCACCGGUUUGUGUCAGGAUUUGGUCGAUCGUGCUGCUGCUUUGUCGGCCAAGCCGUCAGCGACUCAAGAUCUAGUCGCCGCGAUGGGGCGCCUCUCCAACAGUUACCACGAAGUCGAGUCGAUGCUCAACGAAAUCCAAGACUUGCUCAAGGAAGAGGAGCAAAGCGAGAAGGAAUAUCAAGAAUUGAUGGGGAAGCGACCCCCGAGUAUUAUCGCGACCGAUUUAGCACGCGAAGCGGCGAAAUAUCGCGAAGCUCACAACAAAGCCAACGACUCGAAUCAGAAUUUGCACAAGGCGAUGAUGACACAUGUGGCGAAUUUGAAAAUUCUAGCACAACCAUUGGGGGAUUUACAGAAACAGAUACCUUCAGUCGAACUACCUAAUCCGAACAUUGACGAGAAUUGUGUCAGAGAAAUCGAGAAUUUGGUCAGUAAAGUCGAAGAGAUGAGGAAUCAGAGGGCGAUGCUGUGGUCGCAGUUUCGCGAAGCUGUACACAAGGACGACAUCACGAGUGUUUUAGUGACACGCAAAGACCAACCUUUGGAUCAGGUCUUUCAGCAAGAAUUGGAAAAACAUCAAGAAUUGACGAAUCUAAUCGAACAGAAUAUCGCCGCUCAGGAAAACAUCCUCAAAGCCUUUGUGGACGCCUACGCCCGCUCGAUGUCGACUCGUCGCUACUUGCAGGACGUGAUUAACAAACGAACGACGACGGUGAGCGCACUCAUCACCUCCUACGAUACGUACGAGGAUCUCGUAGCAAAGGCCAAUAAAGGAAUUGAUUUUUAUAAUAAACUAGAAACUAACGUUUCCAAAUUACUGCAACGUAUUAAAAGCGCGUGUAAGGUGCAACAGGAAGAACGCGAACAAAUACUAUUGAAAAAUUCGGCUCCUGUAACUACGACCAAAGAAGAAACGAUUAAUUCUGCACCGAAAUUGAAAGAUUUUAUCGAUACAAGAAAAAAAACACGAGGUUUUAACGAUGUUAGUCCUCAGUAUUAUCCUCAGGGGGUGCCGGCAGUUCGACCGGCGCCCUUAGGGUCCGAAGUCAAUGAACCGGUUGUAACCAAACCGCAAGAACAGGUCUACACCGGUUUGGACCAGAAUUUAGCCGACAGAAUGUCCGGUUUGAGGAUGGGGUACUAUGGGCAAAAUGCCCAAAAUAAACAAGCCUAUACUACUACCAUUGAUACGUACCAACCAAUUUCCAGUAGUACACAAAAUAAUCAAGUAACCGCUGAUAAUAUUCCUCAAGGGUACCAGAUGUCAUACACUUCGUCGUAUAGUCAAGUUGGCCAACCUGGCGAGAGUUAUCCUCAGGUUAGUCAACCGAACGUUGCAACUUAUCAGAAUUACUCGACUUAUAACCAGGCUGGCCAACUUUAUAACCCAAAUCAGGCUAGCCAACAUGACGCCUACGCAACGUAUGGCCAGUCUGGCCAAUUUUACGGUCAAAUGUCGCAGGGGAAUCAAAUUGCCCAAAUGCCAAUUUUGCCGGCUCAGGGGAGCCAACCGUACAAUCAACCGGGUCAAGUUGACGGAUACUCCACGAGUUUGCCUUAUAAUCAGGUUAGCCAACCUAACGUAUAUUAUCCGGCCGGUUAUGGUCCCACUCAAGUGCAGCCGACCGAACAAACUUAUUCCUACCCUAACACUUUCGGUAAUAACGAAUAUGCAACUUCGGUGCGUCCCGAUAUUACCAAUCUGAGUUACAAUUCGACUUAUUCCUCACCGGUGGUCGAUUUAAAAAGUUCCGAUUCGAAUUCGAAAAAUUACGUGAUUAGCAAUGGCCAAGGUUACCCAGGUUACGAACAGUACCAAUACUAUUAUAAUUACAAUCAGACUUAUCCAAGCUAUGGAAGUGAUUACAGUUACGCAUCGCCGUCACCCCAAACCUCCGACACUUCCACGGCUAUAACAACGAAAGAAUCGAACAUUGAUCUACUCACCGGUUUAGAUUUUACCGUAAAUCAAGCGCCACUCAUUCCUCAACAAAAACCCUCGGAUCCGGAAGUAAAACCGGCACAAAAAACUGAAACUCCGACAAAACAACCACCGAAAAUCGUUAAAAACGAGGACGAGCCGCCGAAAUUCGAACGGGUCGUCAAUCGGAAACCACUGAAUAGUUCCGAAGUGAAAAAAUUAUUUGCAACGGAAAUCGACAAGUAUGAAAAAUUCGUCGAUGUUUUGACCAAUAAAACGUUAAGCGGACCGACGAAUUUGGACCUGAAAUGGAAAGAAAUCCAAGACAAGCAAGACGUGGAGAAAAAAGCGAUUUCGGUGGCUAGGUGUUAUCCGAUGAAAAAUCGAUUUCCCGAUAUUUUGCCCUACGAUUAUUCAAGAGUGGAGCUGAAGGCGGCGAAGGAUGAUUAUAUCAACGCUUCCUAUGUCAAGGAUAUUUCCUACUACGCAGCUCCUUUCGUGGUGACACAGGCCCCUUUGGCCGCCACCAUGACCGACUUUUGGACAAUGAUCAAAGAGCAGAACGUGGAAUUGAUUGUUUGUCUCCUCAACGACGCCGAAAUCGGUCCCGACAUCUACUGGCCUUUGGAAAAGGGCCGCGAUUUGUCCCUUCCCGGCAUGUCCAUUUCCUUGAUCAGCGUCACCCCAAAGCCCCACUGGACGGAACGUCUCAUCGCGAUAAGCGUCCCCCCCGAAAAGCGGGAUUCCCGCGUUUUGAUGCAUCUUCAGUUCACUUCAUGGCCCGGAAGUCUCUUCCCGACGAGUCCCGAUCAUUUCGUGGCUUUCGUAACGGAAGUGAUAAAUCUGUUUAUGCAACAGAGGAAUACGACGCAUCCUGUCGUGGUACAUUGUUCGUCGGGGAUCGGUCGAAGUGGGCUGGUUUGUUUGUUGGUGACUGCGAUUCUGGAAGUGACGAGUAAUCCGACGGCGAUUCCCGAUUUGGUGGCUUUGGCGGUCAAGUUGGGAGUGUGGAGGAGGAAUAUUUUGAGGGAUAGAGAGCAUUUGAAGUUCGCGUUUGAGGCGUUUUUGAGGUAUAUGAAACAGGUGGUGGCGCAAGGGAAGGGGUUGAGUGAAGGUGGGAGUAAGAAGGAGGAGGUGGUCAACGAAAUUAAGCAAGAGGAUGAUCCCUUGAGUAGUUUGGAUCCCUUCUGGGCAAGCAAGAAGAAACAGUGAUUUUUACUAUCCGAUGUAUUAUUUUUUCGAUUCUAAUAAUUACUAUUAUGAUUAUAAUAUAGUGAUAUUAGCGUAAUUAUUCUAUUUUUUAUCUAUUUUUAUGUGGAUGAUUAGGAGGAAGUCUUUUUAGGAGGAGAAUUGAUGUUAUCAUAAAAUGUACUGAUUAAUUCUUAAAUAAACUUAUUUGAAGUA